CAGAUCAUGUGCUUCUACGAUUAUCCGAUUUUGCGGACGAUCCACCAAUUUUUAUCACUGUUCGAACAAGGACAAAAGAAGGCGCCGUAUCAUCUGAUUCAAAUGUUUGCCGUAUACCACGCGGUAUCACCAAUAACACCGAACUUACAAAUCAUACUACAACACUUGGCAUGCAGUCAAAUCCAUUAAAUCUAUUACAACCAAUACCGGUUACCGGUGGACGAUCAUCAAUGAUAUCAUCACUUCUACCAAUGAAUGUUUCGGGAGGAGUAACAACAACAACAACACCAACUACAAAUCUUCUACAAACAUCUCAGGGAAACGCUAAUGCUUCUGUUAAUAAUUUAAUGAAUAAUUCAAUGAUAAUCUCACAUCCAUCUAUUGCAACAUCGUAUGGUAGUGGUCAUCAUAUUACACCUGGUAGCAAUAUGUUAGCAAGGUAUUCAGGUUAUGAUCAAAUGCAUAUCGGUGAACAUCAUCAAUUGGUACGAAAUAGUGGUGGUGGUGGUGGUGGUGGUAGUGGUAGUAAUGAUGGUGGAGGUUGUAGUGGUAGUAGUGGUUUAUUAAUGACCGUUGGUGGACAAUUAUCUGGUUUAGGAAUAGCACCAACGGCAAAUCCAUUAAACUCUUACACUACCACAGGUGCAUCAGCUACCAAUAGUUCAUUGCUCAAUGUAUCAGGUAAUGGUAAAUUAGGAUAUUCUGGUACAACUGGAAUAAAUUAUGAUGGAUUAUUGAAAAAUUAUCAAACACCAGGCACUUUACAUGAGCAAUGGAAAACGCCUAAUCAAUAUUAUAUAUUUCAUCCACAUACAUUACGGCAUGAUUUAACAAAUACCGAAGAGAAACCGAGUGUUCUUGAAAUGGAACAUAAUUAUCUUCUAAAACAUCGUGUUCCACCGUGGACAUUAGCAUCACAAAAUUCUAGAGCAAGAUUUGAACAUUAUUUACGAAGUCGUACAGAUGAUCGUACAGGACGGUCAUUAACAAAUUUUUCCACUCGUACUGGAAAUUUUCUACCACAUCCGAUUGCACGUAUGCGUACGGAAGAAUUGUGUAGUACAAGAAGUGAACCGGAUCUUCGACCUAUGGCACUUGAUUUCUCCUGCAGAUGGUUUGUGGCGCUGUUUGAUUAUUCACAUCAUAUGAGUCCAAAUGCAAAUGCGCAACAGGAAGAACUUUCAUUUCGAAAGCAUCAAUUAAUUAAGGUUUUUGGUGAUGUUGAUCAAGAUGGUUUUUACACUGGACAAAUUGGUCAUCGUAUCGGACUUGUCCCAUCAAAUAUGGUUAUUGAAAUUGCAAAAGACGAUCUAAUGCCACCUCAACGACGUCGUUCAGAUGCUGUUACACCAUUGGAACCAUCAUUACGACGGAUGCGUUGGGGUUCAUUGAAGUCAAGAAGUUAUGAUCAUGCUGGUGAUCGUCGGCCAUCACGAAGCAGGGUGAUAACAGUGGAAGGUGAUCAAUAUCCAUCCAUUGAUCGACGUGAUUAUUCAUUACCCAAUAGGUCAUGCGAUUAUUUUGGAACAUCAUUGAGGCGUAUACCUGUUGGAGAUUAUCGAUUUCGAAGCGAAUAUAGUAGUAGAGGUGGAACUAGUACUGUCGAUGAUGAAUACGACAUGUAUCCACCAAACGGAAGGCACGCACGUGAUUAUUACGGUUACACACGUGAUCAUAGGUCACGUGAAACAACAGCUGAACGGGAUCGUAGAGAAUAUUACAUGGAUGAAAGGGAUUUAUCGGAACGUGAAAGGCCUGAGUUCUAUGAAACUGAAGGGCCUCGAGAUCCUCGAGAACGAGAUAUGCGUGGUUAUCGUGAAAUACGUGAAAGUCGGGGAACGCGGGAUUACCGUGACCUUCGGGAUUCAAAAUAUCAGCGCGAACCAAGUAUGGCAAGGCGAGAUCGGGAUUACCUGGAGGAGCAUGAUGAUCAAAAGAUGCGUGAUUACAGAGAUUCACGUGAAUAUAGGGAACAGCGUGAGGUAGCGGAUUAUCGUGAAAUGAGGAAGGAACGAGAAUCAGAUCAAGGUGCUAGGGAUGGAAGAAAUUAUGAGAGGCGGACUGAUUAUGGUAGGCAUGAAAAAGGUCAUGGACUCAUGCGUGAAUAUGCGAUUUCAUCAGGUGCUGCUCAAUCGUAUUAUCCAUCUGAUACUAUUGCAGCUGUUGAGGAUUCAAGGCAUGGUAGAAUGAAUGGUGGUAUGACUGUGCGAAAAUUUGUAGCUAAAUUUGAUUAUGAUUCACGAGAAUUAAGUCCAAAUGUUGAUGCGGAACAGGUUGAAUUAUCAUUUCAUGCUGGUGAUGUUAUCACGGUAUAUGGUGAAAUGGAUGAAGAUGGUUUCUUUAUGGGUGAAUUAAAUGGUAUACGUGGCUUAGUACCAUCAAAUUUCCUCCAUACUUCAACACCAAAUUUAUUGCUACCAACACAAAUGCCCCCUCAACAACAACAACAACAACAACAACAAGCCUCGCAAGUAGUGCCUCCAAUUACAAUUCCUAUUUCAGAGCAGCAACUAAAACCGAAAGGUGUUGUUUUUCAAGAAAAUGCUAAAAAGUCAUUACCUGGUCGUCAAAGUAGUCAAAUCUCAUCAACAGGUAAGCUUAUCACACAAACAUCAAUGAAAUCGAAAAGUGGAGCAGCAGCAACUAGUACUCAGAAGACAGUUUCAAAGAAACCAAAUGAAGCCAGCUCUAAAUUCACUACUGGUAUCAGGAAAACAUCACAGACCGGUAAAAAAGAAAGUACUUCCAAGGUAUGA